GGGAGGCCAGGCUAGGCGCGAGGACGCCGCGAGCUCCUCCACGUGGGCUCCCCUCCCCCCUGCGGCGCCCACCGCUCCGACCGACUGGCCCCGAAACGGUGGCGGCGGUUUGUAGUCGUUGGUCCCAGGGAUUUAGGACGAACAUUUGAAGACCCGAGGGGAACUGCAACCAUGAAUGAAGAAAAUAUAGAUGGAACAAACGGAUGCAGUAAAGUCCGAACUGGUACUCAGAAUGAAGCAGCAUUACUUGCUUUGAUGGAAAAGACUGGAUACAACAUGGUUCAAGAAAAUGGGCAAAGGAAGUUUGGUGGUCCACCUCCAGGUUGGGAAGGUCCACCUCCACCUAGAGGCUGUGAAGUUUUUGUAGGAAAAAUACCUCGUGAUAUGUAUGAAGAUGAGUUAGUUCCUGUGUUUGAAAGAGCUGGGAAGAUAUAUGAAUUUCGACUUAUGAUGGAAUUUAGUGGUGAAAAUCGAGGUUAUGCUUUUGUGAUGUAUACUACAAAAGAAGAAGCCCAGUUAGCCAUCAGAAUUCUUAAUAAUUAUGAGAUUCGACCAGGGAAGUUUAUUGGUGUGUGUGUAAGCUUGGAUAAUUGCAGAUUAUUUAUUGGAGCUAUUCCAAAGGAAAAGAAGAAGGAAGAAAUCUUGGAUGAAAUGAAGAAAGUUACAGAAGGAGUUGUAGAUGUCAUUGUUUACCCAAGCGCAACUGACAAGACCAAAAAUCGCGGUUUUGCAUUUGUUGAAUAUGAAUCUCACAGAGCUGCUGCUAUGGCUAGGAGAAAACUAAUUCCAGGAACCUUCCAACUGUGGGGCCAUACCAUUCAGGUAGAUUGGGCUGACCCAGAGAAAGAGGUUGAUGAGGAAACCAUGCAGAGAGUUAAAGUUCUCUAUGUACGAAAUUUAAUGAUCUCAACUACAGAGGAAACAAUUAAAGUAGAAUUCAGUAAAUUCAAACCUGGUGCAGUUGAACGAGUAAAGAAACUUAGAGAUUAUGCUUUUGUUCACUUUUUCAACCGAGAAGAUGCAGUGGCUGCUAUGUCUGUUAUGAAUGGAAAAUGCAUUGAUGGAGCACGUAUUGAGGUAACACUGGCAAAACCUGUAAUUAAAGAAAACACUUGGAGACAGCAUCUUAAUGGUCAGAUUAGCCCCAAUUCGGAAAACCUGAUUGUGUUUGCUAACAAAGAAGAGAGCCACCCCAAAACUCUAGGCAAGCCACCAACUCUUCCAGCUCGUCUCAAUGGCCAGCAUAGCCCAGGCCCCCCUGAAAUUGAAAGAUGCACUUAUCCACUUUUUCCUGGAACAAAGCUUACUCCAAUUAGUAUGUAUUCUUUAAAAUCCAGUCAUUUCAAUUCUGCAGUAAUGCAUUUGGAUUAUUACUGCAACAAAAAUAAUUGGGCACCACCAGAAUAUUAUUUAUAUUCAACAACAAGUCAAGAUGGGAAAGUACUCUUGAUAUAUAAAAUCAUUAUUCCUGCUAUUGCAAAUGGAUCCCAGAGUUACUUCAUGCCAGACAAACUCUGUACUACUCUGGAAGAUGCAAAGGAAUUGGCAGCCCAGUUUACAUUACUUCAUUUGGACUACAAUUUCCAUCGCAGCUCAAUAAAUAGUCUUUCCCCUGUUAGUGCUACCCUCUCUUCUGGGCCUCCCAGCCUGCUUCCUUACACUUCAAGGCCUUAUUCUUAUCCAAGCUAUCCCUUGUCACCAACAGUAUCACUUGCUAAUGGCAGCCAUGUUGGACAUCGGCUAUAUAUCUCCAAUCAGGCCUCAUUCUUCUGAAGAAAAUAUUAUAAAUAGGAGUAUGAAAGUUUCCUUGUAAAACAUGCAAAUUAAAAUACUGUUUUAUUUUAGAAUCGGGUUUGUACAUUUGGUUUUAAAAUGAUAAUUAUUUAUUUCAACAUAGUAAAUAUCAGUCACAUUCAGAAUAACCUACCAUUGUAAAACUUUUAAAAAUGCUAAGUUUAAAAAGUUAGUGAUUUCUCUUGAUAAAGUUAUAACAAACUGCUGUUCUUUUUAAACUUUUAGGAUUUUAAAUAACUUCUGAUUCCGGAGUGGUCAGUAGAACGCAGAAGUUUACAUUAAAUUUUUUCAUUAUAACUUUGCUAAAUAGAGUUUCUCAAGUAUUAAAGCACUUGCAGACAAUGGUUACACUAGAUUUGAUUACCAAGGAUCACUAUCUGUAUUAGCGAUUAGAACAAUUAUAUAAACAGAAGCAUCUAACUAUUAUGUAGAAAGAAAUGAAGGGCAAAAAGAUUGACGCAGAUUUUAUGCAGUACUAAAGAAAAAGCAAUCUACCAUUGUGGUCCUUGAAAAUAACUAUAAAUAUUUUAGUUAAUUGUUUGUUGUAGAAAUACAUUAUAAUUUUGCUGUUAAUAUAUUUAAGGUUUUUAUAGUUACGCUCCAUUUGUGUUUUUGAUAUUCACUGUAUAGUUCUUUGAGUAAUAAGUGUUAUGGUUUUUAAUGUUGAAAUCAUGUGUUAAUUUUUGUACUUGAAUUCAAAUUCUUUGACAUUAAAUAUACGAUGCUUCUAA